GCGUGCGCGCAGCUUCCGCCCCACUCCGACUUGAACCGGAAGUGGAAGUGAGCGAACAAUCAAAACAAACGGCUCCGGCUUCUCCACGGAUCCUCACCGGUGUCCCCCAGCAUCUCCAUCAUGGACGCUGUGACCACGCCACUGCGGUGCUUCGGCGAGGGCCACGCCGCGGAGAUGUUCGCGGACGACGGGGUGGAGACCGUGACUUCCGUGGAGCAGAAAAAAGUGGAAAGCAGCAUUGAAGAAGUCAUCAGUGUUUUCAAGCAGAUACACAGCCUGCCACAACCAACGUUGUUGCGGGAACAGCACUACCAGUAUCUCAAGAAGGGCUUACGUCAUUUAUCGGAUGCUUACGAGUGUCUGGAUGCCAGCAGACCGUGGCUUUGCUUCUGGAUUCUUCACAGUCUGGAGUUGCUCGAGGAGCCAAUUCCCUCUGCUGUCGCCUCCGACGUGUGUCAGUUCCUGGCUCGGUGUCAGACGCCCACGGGCGGUUUCGCCGGGGGACCAGGGCAGCACGCCCACCUCGCCCCCACCUACGCUGCCGUCAACGCCCUCUGCAUCAUCGGCACAGAAGAGUCCUAUAGUGUUAUAGACAGGGAGAAGCUGCUAGAUUUCCUCUGGUCAGUGAAGCAGCCAGAUGGCUCGUUUGUGAUGCACGUUGGAGGCGAGGUGGAUAUCAGGAGCGCGUACUGUGCAGCUUCUGUGGCGUCGCUCACAAACAUCCUCACACCGAAUCUGUUCGAGGACACGACCACCUGGAUCCUCAGGUGUCAGAACUGGGAGGGGGGUCUAAGCGGAGUUCCAGGUCUGGAGGCCCAUGGCGGCUACUCGUUCUGUGGCACGGCCGCCCUCGUCAUCCUGGGCAAAGAACACAUGCUGGAUCUCAAAGCCUUGCUGCGGUGGGUGGUCAGCAGGCAGAUGCGGUUCGAGGGAGGGUUCCAGGGACGCUGUAAUAAACUUGUGGACGGCUGCUACUCUUUCUGGCAGGCGGGACUCCUCCCUCUUCUCCACAGAGCCUUAUUCAAAGAAGGAGAGUCGGAGCUGAGUCGGCAGCGGUGGAUGUUUGAGCAGCAGGCCUUGCAGGAGUACAUCCUCCUCUGCUGUCAGAACCCAACAGGGGGCCUUCUGGAUAAGCCUGGCAAAUCCAGAGAUUUCUACCACACGUGUUACUGCCUGAGCGGCCUCUCCGUAGCUCAGCACUUUGGAAACAUGGACCUCCAUCGUGAGAUGAUCGUCGGCAGGGAGGAGAACAGACUGGCUCCGACUCAUCCCAUUUACAAUAUCUGUCCUGACAAAGUGGCUCGGGCUCUGCAGCACUUUCACCGGCUUCCUGUCCCCGAGGACAACAGGCGGCCCGGAGCCGCCGACGGGCCGUCAGACCCCGCCUCCGCAUCAGCUGACCCUCAGUCCUAGCUCGUCCCCUGUGGAGACGUCACUGCACGUGAACCAGGUAAAAAGGACUCGAACCAGCAAGCGACGCACUCAGGUCUGAGGGUGGACGAGCCCGGGACCCGGCAGGAUAACGGACCUUCGGCGAACACCGGAGCCGGAGUUUAGGAGGUGUUCCGAGCCGAAGCUCCACAGUUGUGUGGGCGGCUUCGCAUACAGCUGAUUUGUUUUUGCUUGCUCUUUUCAUUCUCUGAAAUAAAAAGUGAAACUUGUUCGGUUUCAUUGUGACAAGACGUUAAUAAAACUUUCUAUAGCACUUCUCA